AUGCCGUCCGCAAGUAAUCUUUCGCACCGGCGUACUCACAACUUGCUCUUGAUAUCGAAACUGCUCAGUCUGCGGGAUACUGCGUCACCGUUGACGCUGCUGUUGGAUUCUUUGGAACAGCCGGCGAGGCCGUUAAUACGGGAGUAUAUCCGGCGGGCACGGAUCUCCAAAGUUCAUGUCACCUUUGUGUCGUUCGAAACUCUGAAGAGACCAGACGGGGUCGAUGCUUUUAUUCUGGCUCGGCGAAAGAGAUCGAGCGAUGUGGUAAAAGAAGUGGCUAAUGCGUAUCCUGUGCCAGAGUCCGGCGGGGCACCACGCAGACGGCUCAUUAUCAUCGACGCCAUUAACCCCCUUCUUGAUCGCCGGGGUCCAGAUGGACCGGUGCAUCUGCCCAUGUUCUUAAGCUCGUUUCUCGCUCCAGUAAACCCUACAUCCACGCCAGUGCAGACGUCCCUAGUGGUGACCUAUCACCAAGAUAUCCCUAUCCUGUCAAAUCAACGGCCUUAUUCUCCAUCGAAUUUGUCGCUUUUGACCUAUCUUGCAACGACCAUUCUUACUCUACACUCACUUUCUCAUGUUCUCGCUCAGAAGGCUGCUCGUGACCGUAGCUUGGCCGCGCCAGUCUUCGGAUUAGAAGAAGAACAGGAAGGGGUGAUCAUCGGCAGACUUGACAGGCUGAAAGGCCAAGAGAGCGCCGAAGGUGUCGUCAUUGAGAUGGAACAUCGGCGCAAAAGUGGACGAGGAGUCGUGGAGUGGUACGUUCUGCCGCCUGCAUCUCACUAUCACCCCAAUGAAGCAAAGGAGGUGGUGACGCUACUGGACGACCAUCCCUUGUAUCGUCGACCCGAAGAAGAGGACGAACAUGCUGCAGAGGAGGAGCCAGGGUCAACGUUCGAGUUGAAGCUCACAGAGCGCCAACGGCGAGAAAGGGAAGGUGUGGUAUUGCCCUAUUUCGACGCACAGCAGGGCGACGGCCCUGGAGAAGGAGGAAGAAUUCUCUACGACAUGGGAGAAGAAGACGACUUCGACGAGGAAGAAGAUGAGAUAUGA